CAUGUCCCUGACCCCAAAACCCCAAAACUGACCCCAAAAAAACCCUAUAACCCGCAGUAUGGCCGGCUGAUUGACCUGUGCCAGCCCACGCAGAAGAAGUACCAGAUCGCCGUGACCAAGGUGCUGGGCAAGAACAUGGACGCCAUCAUCGUGGACUCGGAGAAGACGGGCCGGGAUUGCAUCCAGUACAUCAAGGAGCAGCGCGGCGAGCCCGAGACCUUCCUGCCCCUCGACUACCUCGAGGUGAAACCCACGGACGAGAAGCUGCGGGAGCUGCGGGGAGCCAAGCUGGUGAUCGACGUGAUCCGCUACGAGCCGCCGCACAUCAAGAAGGCGCUGCAGUUCGCCUGCGGCAACGCCCUGGUCUGCGACAACGUGGAGGACGCCCGCAGGAUCGCCUUCGGCGGCCACCAGAGGCACAAGACGGUGGCCCUCGGUGGGACGCUGUUCCAGCAGUUAUGGAUGUCUGUGAUGAUGUCCCCA